CCUGUCCCGGGGCCCAGAGAAAGGGAGGGACAAAAGGCUCUAAGAGAGAGCGUUGGGAACAAAGAAAGGAGCAGAGAGAGACGCAGAGACACUGGGGAGAGGAGCAGAGCCACCCAGACAGGGCCAGAGAGAGAGGAGGAAACAGGCAGAAAGAUGGGGGAAGGCAGAAAACAUAGUGUGGGGGCACCCCAGUAGACUCAGUGGCCAGACAGUGGGAAGAGUGUGGGGACAAGGGACAGGGGCCGGGCACCAACAGAGACAGGACAGGAAGAGCGACGCCUACGCCGGAGACACAGGGUGAUAUAGAGGCAGCAACAGGGUGGGUGGUGCAGAGAGACAGAGAGACAGACAGAGAGAGGAGAGAGAUAUUCAUAUAGAAGAAAAGAGAGACAGAGAGGAGAAAGAUUGAGAGGGAGAGAAGGAGAGAGAAAAGAAGAGAGAAAGACACACAAAGAGACAGAGAGGAGAGAGACAGACUGAGAGACACAGAGAAAGGAGAGAGAGAUUGAGAGAAAGGUAUUCAUAUAGAAGGAAAGACUGAGAGGUUAAAGGCAGGGGAGAGAGGGUGUGAGGAAGGAAAAUAAAUAAACAGGGAAAUACAGAGAGGGACACAUACCCAGAGGGUGACAGAAAGAGGUGGAGAAGGUCAGAGAAAUCUUUUGAGUGAGGCAGCUUCAGACAGACACAGCGUGAGACUGAGGCUGACCCCUUCAGACGAGCUCCCAGACUUUGGCUCUUCGUGGCAAGGACCUGUUGGGGCAGGGGGCGGGGGUGGGUAGGGAACUGGUUGCUUUGGGGGGAGCUCAGACAAGGGGUGCCUUCCCAAGGGCCAGCUGACACCAGGUGACCCUGAGAUGGAGCUAAGGGCCUCCAAGAUCCCCGAGGAUGGAGACCCAGAGGAGGACACAGCCACGGCCCUCCAACGGCUGGUGGAGCUGACAGCCACCAGGGUGACACCAUUGAGGAGUCUGCGCACCCAGUAUCGCCUCAUCCGAAAGCUGGGCUCUGGCUCCUAUGGCCGUGUGCUCCUCGCCCAGCCUCGCCGAGGGGGUCCAGCUGUGGCUCUGAAGCUCCUACGUCGGGACUCAGUCCUGAAAACCACCUUCCUGAGAGAGUUCUGUGUGGGCCGCUGCGUCUCCUCACAUCCAGGCCUGCUGCAGACUCUGGCAGGACCCCUGCAAACCCCCCGACACUUUGUCUUCGCCCAGGAAUAUGCGCCCUGUGGGGAUCUCAGCGGGAUGCUUCAGGAAAGGGGCCUCCCAGAGCUACUGGUGAAGCGGGUGGUGGCCCAACUGGCUGGAGCCCUGGACUUCCUCCACAGCCGGGGACUAGUUCAUGCAGAUGUCAAGCCAGACAAUGUGCUGGUCUUCGACCCUGUCUGCAGCCAUGUGGCCCUAGGUGACCUGGGUCUGACCAGGCCAGAGGGCAGCCCAACCCCUACCCCACCAGUGCCACUGCCCACAGCGCCACCAGAACUCUGCCUCCUGCUGCCACCCAACACCCUGCCCCUGCGGCCAGCCAUGGAUUCCUGGGGCCUAGGAGUGCUUCUCUUCUGCGCUGCCACCGCCUGUUUCCCUUGGGAUGUGGCACUGGCCCCUGACCCCGAAUUUGAAGCCUUUGCCAGCUGGAUAACCACCAAGCCCCAGCCAUCUCGGCCACCACCACCCUGGGACCAGUUUGCAUCCCCAGCUCUGGCCUUGCUCCAGGGGCUUCUGGACCUGGAUCCUGAGACUAGGAGCCCCCCACUGGCUGUCCUGGACUUCCUGGGGGAUGACUGGGGGUUGGAGGAGAACAGAGAGGGACUUGGGGGUUUGGGGAGUGUGUCCUAUGAGGAUGAGGAGGAGGGGGAAGAGGGAGGAUCGAGCUUGGAGGAGUGGACAGAUGAGGAGGAGGAUGACAAAGGUGGCGGGAGGAUGGGGACAGAUGGGGGAACUCCCUGACCAGGUGACUGAGACGGGUGGCCAGAGCCUGGGCCAAAGGCCCCCCCCCCCAGUCCCCAUGGCCACCUGGAUGGGGAGACAGCUGCUCCCAGGAGGACAGAGAGGACACACACUGCACCUCUCCCUGCUGAAGGCUGGACUCUCUCCCAGCUGAGGACUCAGGAGUCCAGGCCCCCAGCCCCUCCUUCCUCAGGCCCAGGAGUCCUAUCCUCCAUCAAGGACCCUUCCUCUUCCCUCUGUCCUAAGUGUGUCUUCUUGAAGGAAGGCAUUGUUCCCCCUAUAGAGAGUUUCUGUACUGUGGGGACAUGUUCAAUGUUUAUCUUGGAGUUCCAAUGGGAUUACUCCUCUCCUCUAAGACCUAGGGUAGCUCUCACUGUCCAUGGCACAAAAUCUAAAUUGCAGGAUCUGACACUAUGUAAAUCUCACCCUUCACCUCUCCCAUCUCUCUGGGCUCUGGGUGACAUUAUAGGAGUGACUCAUCCACUCUAGACCUAAAUCUACACAUGCACGUGUGCGCGCACACACACACACACACACACACACACACACACACACACACACUUUGCUGAUGGCAGAUUUUUUUGCAUGUCUUGUGGCCUCUACCAAGAGCACAUUCCCAUCAGCCCUGUGAUGCCAGAAAGUGGCCCCAACCCCCAGCUCUGUCUGACCUUCUCAAGAGCUUGUAUCAGAGCAAUCUAUGUUUCUAUCUUUUUCGGGAUGGGCCUAGUCUCUUUCAUUUCUAGAUCUUUCCAGGCUCUGGUCCCACAAAGCACAGAAAACCAUGAUCUGUGAUUGUCCAAGCUCCAUCUCGUCUGUUUUCCUCAGACCUGUCAAUCGUAAGAGCUAGGACUAGUUCUAAUGGAUCUCGUUAUUCACCCGAGCUGGCCUGGGUGUCCUAUUGUCCCAUGCCACUUCCCUUAUAGCACAUGGACCCCUCACUUGUGAUGGUUCCUGUCUGUAGGAUGAUGGCCAAGUGGACCUGAUUCUGUGACCCCAGCCACCAGUGGAGGGUCAGGAACUGCACUGUUUCGCCCACAGGAAUUUAUGCUUUCUCGAUUUAAAAGUGUACUAACUAAAUUCAACAUGGUAUUCUGGACUGGAUCCUGGGACAGAAAAAGGAUAUUAGUGGAAGUGCUGGUGAAAUAGGAACGGUCUGGUGUUUGGCUACUUGUUAACAACUUAGUUUUGACCAACGUACGGUCAGGUGUGUGAGAUGCUAACUGUGGGGGAAGAUGGGCGAGGGAUACACAGGAACUCCCUAAACGAUUUUUACAACUGUUCUGUAAAUCUAAAAUUAUUCCAAAAUAAAAUUUUUAUUUCAAUUAAUAAA